AUGGACAACCUGACAUUCAGAUACAGUGUACUUUUAGUGGAGGGACUGCAAAUUACUCAUCAGUCCAGCCAACUGACCUUCAUUUUUCUAUUGACUGCUUAUGUCUUUACAAUGGUGUCUAACAUUGGGAUUUUGAUUCAGAUCUCAGCAGAAAAAAGUUUACACCAGCCUAUGCACAUUCUUUUCUGUCACUUACCAGUGAGUGAUGUAAUUGGAGCAACUGUCCUCAUACCACGCUUACUGAAGGACUUAUUAACAGACCCCUCUGAGCGCUACAUUACAUAUGUGGAGUGUGUUUUCCAAGCUUUUUUUGUACAUUUAUAUGGAACAACUUCCCACACUAUUCUAAUGAUUGGCCUCAGUGUGCGUCUGUCUCACUGCAGAUCAAUUAUUCCAAACCACUUUUGUGAUAAUGCUUCACUUUUUAAACUGUCUUGUGAAAAUACAGUGAUUAAUAAUGUAUAUGGAUUAACUUUUACUGUGGUUUUACUUAUCUCUUCAUUGGGGUGGGUGUUAAUGACAUAUCUCAGAAUAGCAAUGGUAUGUUUAAAAAGCAAAAACAAUGCGACCAACAGCAAAGCCAUAAAAACUUGCAGCACUCAUUUGACUGUUUAUGUAAUCUUACUUAUCUCUGGUUUUGUCCCAAUUUUUCUUCAUCGCUUCUCUGAGUAUGCUGAAAAUAGGAAGUUUGGGAGUGUAAUGUUCCAUGUUAUACCACCAGGAUUAAACCCCAUAAUAUAUGGUUUACAGGUCAAGGAAAUAAGAAAAAGAAUGUUAAAACUAUGCAGAAAUAAAGUUAAUUCUAGCUGA